AUGCCCCCCACCCUGCGCCCCCCAUUCCGGGCUGUCCUGUCCCACUCCCUGCCCGAGCCGGGGGUCCCGCGGCGUCCCCCGGCCCCCCCACGCCCCCGGGGCCUGGCGGAGAUGCCGGGGCCGAGCUCCUCCUCCUUCAUCUUCGAGCUGCUGGCCGGGGGGGGGGUGCGGAGGCUGCACGAGAUGCAGGUCCACGGCCGGGCGCGGUUCGGGCCGCUCUGGAAGGCCCGGUUCGGGCCGGUGCUCACGGUUCACGUGGCCGAGCCCGCGCUCGUGGCUCAGGUGCUGCGCCAGGAGGGGCCCGACCCCUCCCGCGCCCUCCGCUGCCCCUGGAAGGACCACCGGACCCUCCGGGGGGUCCCGGGGGGGCUCCUCACACUGGAGGGGGAGGCCUGGUGGGGGUCGCGGCGGGUCCUGGCCCGGGGGCUGCUGCUGCCGGGAGCGGCCGAGGCCUUUGCUGGCCCGGUGGCGGUGGCGGUGGCCGAGCUGGUGACGCGGCUGCGGCGGCUGAGGCGACGCCACCCUGGGGGGGUCGUGUCCGACAUCGGCACUGAGUUCAACCGCUUCGGCCUCGAGGCCAUCUCCUGGGUGCUGUUCUCCUCCCGCCUGGGCUGCCUGGAGGACAACGGGGACCCCGAGGCCACCGAGGCCACCGAGGGUGUGAUCCGGUGUGUGGGGGCGGUGCUGGCACUGACCCUGGUGACGAUGGCACUGCCCAGGCCCCUCCUGCGCCUCGUCCCCGCGCCCUGGGACGCCUUCUGCCGAGCGUGGGACCAGCUCUUCGCCUUCGCCAAGGCACACGUGGACCGUCGCGUGGCCGCGGUGGCAGCGCGGGGGCUGCUGGCCCAGGGGGACACCUGUGUCACUGACCUACUGGCCCGGGAGCGGUUCCCCAUGAGCAGCAUCUACGGGAACGUCACCGAGCUGCUGCUGGCGGGGGUGGACACGGUGGCCAGCACGCUGGCCUGGAGCCUGUACGAGCUGGCCCGGCACCCGGGGGCACAGGCGGCCCUGUACCGAGAGCUGGUGGCCGCCACUGCCACCGACGGUGUCACCAACGGUGUCACCAACAGUGUCACCAACGGUGUCACCGGCAGUGACGGGGCCGGCGCCGGUGCCACCGCGGCCGCGCUGCGACGGCUGCCACUGCUGAGGGCGGUGGUGAAGGAGACACUCAGGCUGUACCCUGUCAUCCCGGCCAACGCCCGCGUCGUCCCCGACCGCGACAUCCGCGUGGGCGAGUACCUGGUGCCGCGCCAGACCCUCAUCACCCUCUGCCACUACGCCACGUCCCGCGACAGCCGCUUCUUCCCGGCGCCCGACACCUUCCACCCGGAGCGCUGGCUGCGCCACCGGGACCCCGGGGACGGCUUCGGGGACACCCCGGGGGACCCCAGUGACACCCCCGGUGCCACUCCCGGCCCCGGGCACCCCUUUGCCUCGCUGCCCUUCGGCCUCGGCCCCCGGAGCUGCGUCGGGCGCCGCUUGGCCGAGCUGCAGCUGCACAUGGCGCUGGCACAGAUCCUGCUGCAGUUUGAGGUGCGUCCAGAGCCCGGGGGGGGCCGUGUGACCCCCAUGACCCGAACCCUGCUGGCCCCCGGCACCCCCAUCGGGCUGCGCUUCCUCGAGCGGUGACACGGGGACACCGAGGACACUGGGAACAGCAGGGACAUUGGGGACACCAGGGACAUCAGGGACAUCGGGGACACCGGGAACACCAGGGACACCGGGGACACCGGGAACACCAGGGACACCAGGGACACCGGGGAUGUUGUGGACACCGAGGACCCCAGGGCCAUCAGGGCCAUCAGGGACUCUGUGACAUUGAGGACACCGGGGACACUGAGGAUGUUGGGGACAGUGGGGAGGCCUCGACCCCAGUGGUGACCUCACCAGCCCCCAGUGGUGGCCUCGACCUCGGCGGGGACCCCUCCCCCCGUGGCGUCCCCAAUGCCAUCGUGUCCCCCAUCCCAGGGGUCCCUGACCCUCAUGGGGACUCCAGACCUGGUGGUGACCCCGCCCCUGCAGUGGCCUUGCCCCCCUAGUGACAGUGACUGUGACACAGCCCCGAUCCUGGGGGGUGGCCUUGACCCCAGUGGUGGCCCCAACCCCACGGUGGCCUCAAUGACCCCGAUGGUGGCCUUGACCACAGCUGUGUCCCUGCCCCUGUGGUGGCCUCAGUGACCCCGAUGGUGGCCCCCCCAACCCCGUGGUGACCCCAGCACUGCUGGUGGCCGUCCCCUCCCCCUUUUCUCUCCCCCCCUCCCCCGGUGAUUCCGGGUUUAUUUAUUGGCCAAUAAAGUGAUUUUGGUACCUCUGGA